UCUUGACCCAUUGUACUGACUUAUUUUCAUCGUAAAUCAAAACAAAAGCUAUCAUCACGUCCAAAAGAAGAUAAAGUUCCAAUUUUAAAUUAUGACAAUGAAAAAAAGUAGUGAUUUUGUUUGUAGAAGAUGUGAAAUGUGAAAUACGUAGGGGAUUUGUGAGACAGUGUUGACAGAUCAGUGACAUUCCUCAGAGAUGAGUGGCUGCAAUAUUUUACAUGGAUUAUCUGGACUUUGCUAGGAUUUGCGAAGUACGGAAUGUGCUAGGAAGAUCCGUCACUUGUUGAAAAGGGGACGUUGAGAGAAAAAUGGACCGUGUCGGAGAUUUGUCAAGGACAGCCGGAUGCAAAAGAUGGAUUUCUCCAACAUCUAAGUCACACACAGGAUGGCUUAGUAUUCGCAAACAUUGCUAAAAAUAUGCUUUGUGACGAUUUAUGAGCAAAUAUGGACAAAAAUUCUAAGAAGAAAAAUCAUGCCAAUGGUAAAUAUAAAAAGAAUAACAAAACAGACAAUUAUAGAAUCGAUGAUGAGAUCGAUACUACUUGCUGCUUCUGCAUCAAAACCAAAAAGAGCCAAAAGAAAAGUCUUAUCGCAGGAUGCGUCACAAACUUAGGGAUAUUUGCUCUUCUUCUCGGAUAUACUCUGUUAGGAGCGUUCGUAUUCCUUGCCAUAGAAGGGAAUGCCUCGAAAGUCCAUCAGAAAACAUUGGCUACUACAUCAUACCAAGUGAAUGAGGUCGCAAAGACAGUUCCGAUUUCAAAAUUGAACGGGACGAUUGCUCAAGCUAGUGCGGAGUUGAGGUCCCAGACUGUUGAGAGCAUUUGGGAGAUAACCGUAUCGUUGAACAUUCUUUACAAAGAAAACUGGACGAGGCUAGCUGCGCAGGAAAUCGCGAGGUUUCAGGAGAAGUUGGUAGCGAGAGUGGCGGCUGAUGUGUCCGCGCAGUAUGGAGGGGCUAGGGCGCUGGAGUCGGCGCCUGCUCUCAUAGUGGAUGAUUAUGAGUGGAAUUUUGCCAAAGCCUUCUUGUACUCAUUAACGGUUCUAACGACAAUAGGUUAUGGCAGUGUGGCUCCAAGGACGGCAUUAGGAAAAGCUGUUACCAUAGGAUACGCUGUGAUAGGGAUACCCUUAACCCUACUCUAUCUGUCCGUCGUCGGCGCCUUGCUGUCAAGAGUCGCAAGGAGCAUAUUCAGCAGGGCACUCUGCUGCUGUCUCUGCACAAAGUGUGGAUAUUGCUGUCUCGACGAGAGAACAAUAGGAGGCAAAGACAGAAAAGAAAAAGUAAGAAGACAGGACGACUACAGAAACCCAUCUUUACACCUUCAAGAACCGUAUUACGUGAGGUCACCAUCAGGUACCAUUAUUUCCGCAUCUCAAGCGCAUAGCGUCAGCACAACUUCUAUUAAAGACAAAAACCAAAGCUUAAGCUUCCUCCGAGACUGCGAUUCUCUAAGCUGCACUGAUACCGACUCCAAAGUCUCAUUACACGGUUUCUCGAUUCUUGCCCCUCUGUCUUUGUGCUUAGCUGCCAUUUUUACAUAUAUUUUCUUCGGCGCGUUAGUCCUUCAUCAGUUGGAAGGUUGGAGCCCCAUCGACGGCGUCUACUUUUGCUUUAUGAGUCUAAGCACGAUUGGUUUCGGUCAUUUAGCGCCAGGAGCCACUCAGAAAAGUGGCGCUUCUACUGGAACAGUUUGGUUUUGCUCGAUUUACAUAAUGACCGGUUUAGCUUUAACUGCAAUGUGCUUCAACGUUCUGCACGACGAGAUCGUUCACCGCCUAAGACACCACAAAAAAAUCAUAAAGAAUACUCAGAAAGUGUUAACCCCAGAGUUCUUGCAUCGGUCUUGACGAGAUGAAAGUGCAGAGCUCACUGAAGACACUAUGAUUGAUUCUGAAGGAGAGUCGUUGCCAGAGGUUCUCCACCAUGUUUCUGGUAGAUGUAAGGGAGGAGCGAUCCGUCGGUCAGUGUACACACUCCGCGCAGAGAAACAGCCAGACAGGACGACUUCCAUGUAAUAUAGGAGGCAUUAUCUCAGAGAUUUUCCCUUGAUAUUUCCCUUUAGAUAUUAGAAAUGGGCAAUUGUUUUAUUGGUAGAAAAAUGAUCAUUUUUCUUUCAAUAAGCAAUCAACAUUACAAGAUACUCACGUAAGGAGUUUAUAUUAAACCCACAAGUAAUAUUAGACUCUGAUUUUGGCGUGAUAUUAAAUCGAUAAUACCUAUUGUACGCAUUACUCCAGGGAUGUCAUUGUCCAAGAUAAAGUGGCUUGAAAAUAUAUAUUUUACAGAGUUCUAGUCACAGACAGAUUAUGACAGACUUGAUGAUUUUCCGCUGCUUGUCUUUGGUACUAUUUUAAUUUUUUCAAGAUAUUUAUGUAGGAAAUGAUAUCCCUAGUAAGCAAAUAAAUAGAAGCUCACGUACUCAAUAAAGUAAUGACUGACCAUAUUUGUUAAUUAUUUUAAAAUAUAGUAUAGAAGAAGAUAUACAAUUAGAUUCAUUAUUUAAAAACGGGAGGUGGAGGGGAGCUGUGUUGAAAGUCCUAUUAAGGGUAAAUUACAAAAAUCUUGAUCUUUUAAGGAUAUUUCACAUUAUACUUUUAAACUAAAUUAACGCAAAAACCUACAUUUGUACAGUUUGAAUUAUUUUUAAAUAAUUCUGAAUGCGAUUGCCUAAUGAUUUGUCUGUAUUUAAAAAUCUUGAAGAGUCAAUUGAUUGUAUACUUACAUAAAUUGACGAACAAAAUAUUAAUUGUCUUCGGUUAAUGGGAUAUGGGAAUCUGUUUUUGUACAUUUAUUUAUUAACACGACCAACUUUAACCAAAUUAUUAUUUUUGAAUAAAAUUGUGAUAAAAGCAUAAUGAGACAUAAUUUUUCAAAGUCUUUAUCGUCGGAAUAUCAAGGUCAAGGGCAACUUACAAAAGGUCACAUCCACGAACGAAGAUCAAAUUUCGUUAGCAGCCUGUCUAAUACUCUUGCCUGUUAGAUUGGUCCUACGACUCCUACGUUAAUAUAAUGUUGUUUCCUCAUAUUAUCGGAAUGGAACACGUUGUUAACCUAUAUAUGUAUAUUUAACAGCCUAAAAUAUACUAGACAAAGCAGACAAAUUUGCCUCUAUGGUAUUAGAAAAUAUAUUUGAAUGAAAAUAUCAAAAUCAAAAGAAAUGACAAUCAUUUUUAAGUGAUGGGAUACUUGUGGUUAAAGUUUGUCUGGUUAAUGAGACAUGUUAACUUUAAAUUGAAAAUAUGUCAACUGCCAACUGAAAAAUGUGACAGAAAUGUCAACCAAUGUCGAUUUUUUUGUAUCGGAAAAAUGUAGCUGAAUUGAAUUCCUGAAACAAAUAGGAAAGAAACAGAGCCACGGUUAUAAACCUAGUAUAUGUGUGAUUAUUUAAAGACGUAAUCUAAGGAUCACCACACACUAGCGUCCUUUGAGCGUUGGCGCCUAGUCAGCGCUAUAAAAAAUUGCGUCGUUGCGCAACUGUGUCGACGCUCGGGAGACGCCAGUGUGCAGUGGCUUUAACAGGCCAAUUAAAAAAGUGCACUGACAUCAAACUGACGUUAUAAUAAUAUCCGCCGGUGUAUUAUGCUUCCAAUUUUAUCACUUAUCUAUGUGGAUAAAGCAUCCGUCAUCUUUUGGCAAGUACGUCAGUGUGAGAGUGACAGAUGCCAGGGUGGCUAGCCGAA